AGGCGCUGCUACUUAUCGCUCUAACAGCCACUUGACCGCGGCAGUCUGUUACAGGCUACACGGGGGAUCUUUGUCUUUCUUGUUUGUGCGCGCGCGUGUUGACUGUGACGUCAUACGUGGGAGGUCUGGACCAAGUGAGAAAUGGAGGACCACGUGACCAGAGUAAUGUUUAAAAGAGGAGAUGGGGGAGAGGAUUACAGUGACUUGGUGACCAACGCAGAGCAACGACGCACAACUGUCUCACAACCUCCGAUUAGCAGAACGCUCAGCUGCUACGUACGCUGGUGUGAAAGAAAAUUCAACAUACCAUGUCCAUCUCGGCCCUGCCGCUGUUGCUACUGCUGCUGGUGGUGGUGGUGGGAGCCCAGCAGGAGAGGACAAUCUGCGCGGGCAUCAACGGGAUCCCCGGGCAGCCCGGAGCCCCGGGGGAGCACGGGACCCCUGGGGCCCCUGGGAGGGACGGCAGAGACGGCGCUACCGGACCACCCGGAGCCAAGGGAGACGUCGGGGCUCGAGGCUUGGCUGGGGACCCAGGUCUACCUGGCGGAAGAGGCGAGAAAGCCGAGCAGGUGAAGAGCAGCGUGGGGCCCAGGUCGGCCUUCUCCGCGAAGGUGGGCGCUUACACGCCAGCGGCCGGCUCCCCCGUGACGUUCAACGUCAUCAUCACCAACCCGCAGGGCCACUACAACCCCGGCACGGGGAAAUUCACCUGCACCCACCCAGGCGUCUACUAUUUCGCACUGUACGUGCACCCCGGUGAAAAGCACCUCGUGGUUAUGAUCAUGAAAAACGGCGUGGUCAUCUCUAAGAUGUGCGGUAUAAACUACGACACAAUAAGUGGCAGCGUCGUGCUGAGUCUCAAAGCCGGGGAUGAGGUGUGGCUGGAGUUGGAGGCUCCACACAUUAGUUUUUUCAUCAACCUGCACAGAGACGCGGUGUUCAGCGGCUAUUUGCUGUACUCCGAGUGAAUCAAAAAAAAAUUUCCAUCGGCGUGUCUGGGAAAACAGAUUGGGAACACAUUAACACGCAUGCGCAUGCACCCCCCCCCCCCCCGUGAUAAACAAAGCUUUUGGGCAACAUCUUAGAAAAAUGCUCAGCAAAAAUCUGCAAAUAUGCUCGGCUUGCCCAAAGCUGUGGUAAUGACUGCUAAUUUUCGGAUAUGAGAUUUUCUCACCAGAGGAAAAAUAGCAUCGGCACUUUUUCUCAACCACCUCUCUCCAUGUCAGCCAGGGUGUCUGGGCGAAUAUGAAUCGGUUAGACAACGCAGAGAGACAUAGCAGCUUGCUCCAACUGAAAAAGUCCUGAAACCUCAACAAUUUUCCCAUCCGGCAUCGGCAGAGAAGGAGGAAAUAUUUCAAUUCCAGCUGAUAGCUGUGAGGGUUGCUCAUUUCGAACAUGGGAGAGAGAGGAGUUCGGAUCCAUUUUCUCCCGCGAGCAAUUCUCUCAAUAUUUUUUUAUCGGACACCAAUACAGAUUUUUAAACGCGCUUUGACGGCAACAGAAAGGACAAUAACUCAAUCUGGAAUACUGAGAAUUUUAACAAGAUUUGAAAUGUAGUGACUAUGCCUUGGUUCGUUAUGCACAAGGACGUGAACCAACUGUGGUGGAUAAUUAUUUCUUGACAACCAAGUACAACCAACUCUUCAAACUCUCAGCGACAGUAAUAGCACGCGUCUACAGAACCCUGCAGUUCACCGACUUAACACAGCGACCCCGCGUGUUGACAAUGACGGAACACCGCGAUGACUUAAACAGAUGGAGACCACCGCGAGGACUGUUCGCACCAACCCUGACGCAUGUAGUGGGUUUGCUCUACAACACACCGCUGUUCUGCACGAGUAACGAUUUCGCAUCUUUUGUUUACGUGACAAAGCUUAGUAAUUGUCUGAAUCGGGUGGUAUUCAGCGGUUCAUAUUUAGGCGAUCUAAUCCAAAAAAACUAUAUCAUGGAUAAUAUUGGUCACCAAAGCUUACUGCAUGUUAAACUGAGAUGUUGUUGGUCAAUUCCAGAUUCACACUUUGCCUGUUUCGUUUUAGCUACAGGAGGAGAAAAAAUAAGACCGGAGAGUCCGAGGAAAUCCCGGCACAGAACAAGGGGGAGAAUAAAUAAAACUCCACUCCACUUGCUCACUCACUCACAAUGAGCUCACAUGCGCUGAUGAUGAUCACGAUGGUGAAACAUACAAAAACUAGAUUCUUGUACUAAAGAGGAGCUGUCGAAGUUAUCAACAGAAGGUGUGUACCGGAUUAAUUGCUCUCUAUCUGUUGGACAGAUGGGACGAAACUUUUGUUUGAGAUUGACUUAAAGUUUUCGUAACUGCAGGAAUUCAUAUUCUUUGGGUCUUUCGUUAAAGUCACGUAGAUAGGUUCAAAGAAAAAACUACAACGUUUCCAUCACAACACAAGCAUUCGUCAUCAGGAGGAAAAAAGAUGGUGAAAACUGCUGAGGCCGACUGUUUUAACGGUUUAGAAUUGGUGCAGCCCCAGGGUCAUAAACGAAGUGGGCAGGACUAGUUAUGUUAAUGUGAUCGGACAGUGGCCUCCACGAUGAGGGCAGCGGAGGUGGCUUUGUUCAUGUGAGAUAUUAGAAUGUUAAUGGAUUAUCGCAGAGCAGCAACAACGAGCUCGGCGUGCGAGGUGGCUGUGUUAGUGUGGGAAAUUUAACCUGUUAAUGUAAAAUCAGAGAGCCGAAAAUAACAACUAACAUUGGAAGGUGGUAGAAUGGGGACAUCACAGCCAGUUAUUACUUAAACUGGUUGAUAAUGUCCUUCCAACGAUUGCUCAGUUUACACCCAUCUUCACGAUUGAAGCUGUGUCUGUGUCGGUAUAGUGGAUGGCUUCAUAAACGAAUCUUUGUUGAUACAUUGAGGCGGCUUAAGAGGCUGUCAUGUUAUCAACAUGUACCCCAUCAGAUGUAGAUAUUUUUUCCGUCAAUGUUAAGAGUGAUUUCUUGAGAGUCUUGCCUAAACGGAUCUUGUUCAGUGCCGAGAAUAAGAUUGCUCCGAUUUGAACUAUAACUUCAGAACGAACAAAGAAGAAAGAAGCAGAAGGAGGAAUAUUAACCUUACUCUCACUCACUAUUGAUAACGGUACCUUGUACAGGUUGGGUGCUUAGAAGAAUCUCAGUUGCAUGCCUCAAACACCACAACAAACGAAUCUUGUAUUGUCACGUUGCCAUUAGACACUAGAUUAUUGUUCUUUCUUAACAAAGUGAUCGUGAGAUGUGGCCAUUGAUGCUUUUAUGAUCACCUAGUAUGGAUUGAUGAGUAUGUAUACUCGUGUAAUGCAGGACUCUGGAGACACUAACUGUAGAGGCACCUUCUUAAUUUAUAUUUCUCGUACUCACACUACACGACUCACUGAGCACAUCACGUAAUGGUGACCGCCGAGCUCGACGACGCUAACUGACUCCAUAGCUGGCUGACUAUCCAGCAGUGGCGGCGUCAGGCGAUGACAAAGACGACUGCAGCGAUGGCGACGACGAGGACGACUUUCACGGCGAGACGACCCUGAUUCCCACGGACAGCCCCGAACUCCCUCUCUCGCCCCCUUUUAUUCUUCCAGCGGGAUCUGGCCCCGCCCUGGCCACGCCCCCCUUCUCGAACCUUUUAGCUGGUUCUGGGAGCUCAAAGAUGGAUUCCUUCCAUGACCUUUGGCCCAGUUCUUAUCCCUUCCUUGACUCUUGACCCUUGGGUGGCUACUCCCGAAAUUGCUACUCCUGGUCGCCAGUUGGCUCUGCUACACUACAUUUGCAUGGACAAUGUUGUUGGUGUUUUGAUGAUAAUUCUUUUUGGAUGUUAGGGGAAGUUGACAUUAAAGUUGCUUAGAUCAAAAA